CGGAGCAAUGAAAGACUGGCGCUAGCCUCAGUCUUAUCUGCCUCUGGCCACUCAAAUCCAAACAACAGUACUGAACUAGUUGUUGCAUGUGUAUUGCCUGACUCACUGAUAAUCGCGUGACCCAAUCUCAGCUGCAUCUGCCGCCCUUUCUCCGUCCAUCUCUUGCGCGUACCUUCGAGAGAUAAUACCACCUUUAAGACAAUUCCAAUCCUCACUCACCCACAUUAUACCACGACAGUCACUACCGCAACACAGUCCCCAAUAAAACCAGAAGAGUAAAAGAACACUCCAAUCCAAACACCAAUCCAACAGCCAAGACAAUGCCAACCCCCGCCCCGACACCCACCACCCCAAUCCUCACCUCGACCCCGCGCCUGCACAUCUCGCUCCUCUCCCCCACCCCCACGCACAGUACCUUCCUCCACCACCUGUGGACCACCCCAGACUUCACCACCUCCUGCGGGCCCUCCCCCUUCAAAAACCCCCACGACGCCACAGCCUUCCUGACAAACCGCCUGCAAAGCAUCUACACCACCUCGAACCACCAGCGCGGCAUCUUCCUCCUCUCCCGCCGACCGCAUCCCACCGCCCCAUUGGACGAAAGCGUCCCCAUCGGCACCAUCUCCCUGAUGCAAGGCACCCCACCGGAUGGAUACAGGGUCCCGGACAUCGGGUUCUGCGUGCUGCCCGAGGAGAGCGGGAGGGGGUAUGCGACGGAAGCCGGACGGGCGAUGGUCGAGUAUGCCUGCACGGAAUUGGGGGUGGCCGGGGUGUUUGGGUUCUGCGAUGUGAACAACGCCCGGAGUCGGCGGGUGCUGGAGAAGAUCGGCUUGGAGGACCGGGGGGAGAGAGCGCUGCGUGCUUUCGGCGGGCGGAGGAGUGCUGUUUAUGCUUUGUCCGGGAUGGCUGCGGAUUUGGGGGUGUACGGGGUUGAGGGUUGAGUUGGAUUCUCCUUUGGGGUUGCGGAAUUGUGAUUUGGUUCUAGGACGCUGGGUAUCUGAUAUGAUACCAUUCGAGACGAAGAAUUAAAAAAAAAAGGUGAAUAGCAUUGUAUGCUAGCUUAUGCACAACGGGAGUGGUAGUAACUCCCGCGCUUUAAUGCACAACCAGCACCGCGACCCCCCAC